GGGAGCCCCGAAGAUGCCUUUUCACCCGGUAACGGCGGCUUUGAUGUACCGGGGCAUUUACACCGUCCCCAACAUCCUCGCCGAGCAGCACCCGGUGGAGAUCCCUGAGGACGAGCUGGAGGAGAUCCGUGAAGCCUUCAAGGUGUUCGACCGGGAUGGCAACGGCUUCAUCUCCAAGCAGGAGCUGGGCACGGCCAUGCGCUCCCUGGGCUACAUGCCCAACGAGGUGGAGCUGGAGGUCAUCAUCCAACGCCUCGACAUGGACGGCGACGGGCAGGUGGACUUCGAGGAGUUCGUGACGUUACUGGGGCCCAAGCUGUCCACCUCCGGCAUCCCAGAGAAGUUCCAUGGCACCGACUUCGACACCGUCUUCUGGAAGUGCGACAUGCAGAAGCUGACGGUGGACGAGCUGAAACGGCUGCUGUACGACACCUUCUGCGAGCACCUCUCCAUGAAGGACAUCGAGAACAUCAUCAUGACCGAAGAGGAGAGCCACAUGGGUACGGCUGAGGAGUGCCCCGUCGACGUGGAGACCUGCUCCAGCCAGCAGAUCCGUCAGACCUGCGUGCGGAAGAGCCUCAUCUGCGCCUUCGCCAUCGCCUUCAUCAUCAGCGUGAUGCUCAUCGCCGCCAACCAGGUGCUGCGCAGCGGCAUGAAGUAGCGGGGAGACGCCCCGAGCGCCGCCGACGGGGACCCACGCCGACAGCGGGGAGGGCAGACAGACCCAUAAUGGAAUCAGAGACGCAAAAUCGCCCCCUCCGGGGAUGGGGCAAACCCGAGGAGGAUGGACUCCCGCAGGGUCCCCGGUGCCCCGGGGCGAUGCGAUCGCAUGGCUGUACGCAGAACAUGGGAACUUUGAUAAAGACACACAAACACACACACAAAAAACCCCCUCCCUUGCCAGAAAAAAAACCAACCCCGUAAGUGCAUGUAAAGUGCAUGGAGCCCCGUGUGCUGCCCCUUCCCGCGCCGGGGGACGGUUGCUCCCGUGCGGAGGAUCCUGUUGGAUCCACCGAUCCCAGCGUCUCUAGCUCUAUAUUUAUGAUACAAAAAACCAAAUCAUCCCCUAAGCAAUACUCGUGCCUGAGAUGGUUUCUUGUCUGAGAUGGGAGCGUUUUGCAUGGACUUGGCUGCCAAGGGCUGGAUUUUUUCCCACCCUCCCCCUACCCCCCACCACC